AUGACAGGGAGAAGGGAUGGCCUAUCUUCAAUCUUAAGCGAAGCUGCAAAUCUUCUACCUCCUGCUGGAAUUUCAGUAGAUGAUUCAAUCACAUUAUUUGCAAAUCUAGGAAUCAAUGUUCAAGACAUGGUUACUCUCAUUGGUUCUCACACAGUAGGGUUUGCGCAUUGUUCUGCCUUCAAAGAUCGUCUCUUCAAUUUCAAAAACACAGGAAAAGCCGAUCCAACCAUGAAUCAUGUUCUACUUAAUUCACUAAAGCAUAUGUGUCCCAAGAACUCAACAAAAGACUUUAUCGUUAAUCUGGAUCGGAAUACUCGAAGUGUGAUCACUGUUGACAACUCUUUCUUCAAGGAGAUUCAGCAAAAGAAAGGAGUUCUAGGAAUAGAUCAAGAGAUAGAUCUGGAUAUUCGAACUAGUGGAAUGGUGCAGAAGCUAGCCAGUAAUAAUACUUUCUUCAAUGAACAAUUUGCUGCUGCUCUUGUCAAAUUGGGAGCUGGUGGAGGACGGUACUUCGAUGUAAUGAUAGGGAGAAGGGAUGGCCUAUCUUCAAUCUUAAGCGAAGCUGCAAAUCUUCUACCUCCUGCUGGAAUUUCAGUAGAUGAUUCAAUCACAUUAUUUGCAAAUCUAGGAAUCAAUGUUCAAGACAUGGUUACUCUCAUUGGUUCUCACACAAUAGGGUUUGCGCAUUGUUCUGCCUUCAAAGAUCGUCUCUUCAAUUUCAAAAACAUAGGAAAAGCCGAUCCAACCAUGAAUCAUGUUCUACUUAAUUCACUAAAGCAAAUAUGUCCCAAGAAAUCAGCAAAAGACUUCAUCGUUAAUCUGGAUCGGAAUACUCGAAGUGUGAUCAAUGUUGACAACUCUUUCUCCAAGGAGAUUCAACAAAAGAAAGGAGUUCUAGGAAUAGAUCAAGAUAUAGAUCUGGAUAUUCGAACUAGUGGAAUGGUGCAGAAGCUAGCCAGUAAUAAUACUUUCUUCAUUGAACAAUUUGCUGCUGCUCUUGUCAAAUUGGGAGCUGUAAAUGUUCUUUUAGAACCUUUGGGAGAGAUUAGGAAAUCAUGUCGAUCAAUUAAUUAA